CUUGAUGGCAAAGAUGCACCGGAAAUAUCCUCUUCUCAAAAACCCGCCGAUUUCUGUUUAGAGUGUGCAGAUGCGCUACCAGGACCACCUGGUAACGUUGGACCGAAAGGACGUUCGGGAAAACCUGGUAGCCCAGGAAAAGAUGGUGCUCCGGGAGAGCGUGGACCAGUCGGACCCAUUGGCCCAGCUGGUCUUCCCGGUAAAGUAGGCUCAACGGGUCCUAAAGGACCGCCAGGGCCACCAGGGAAUGUCCAAGAUGUUCCUGGCCCAAUCGGUCCUCCUGGUCCACGUGGUGCAGUUGGGGCGCCUGGUCCAAAUGGUAUGCCUGGAGCGCCUGGUGCAGACGGUCCAGACGGAAAGCUUGGAAUGAAAGGGCCGCUAGGAUCGCCCGGCAAGAACGGACAGCCAGGUCGUCCAGGCCCAGAUGGCGAAAGAGGUAAUGCUGGUGAGGAUAGUGAUUGUGGUCAUUGUCCACCACCCAGAACAGAUCCCGGAUACUAA